AUGGAGAGAGUGGCGUCAAAGAAGGAAGUACAAGAAAUGAAGCAACGGUUACUGGAAAAGAUGGGGUUAAGGCUUGAGAAUUUGAAGGCGGCGAAGGUGGCGAAGGUGGCCGGGAGAGACGGCGAAGUGUUCAUCCACAUGUCCAAGGUCAUUUCUCAAGAUGUAUUCACAAUCCAGGACCGUGAUAUUUUAUCCAGUGCAUUUAACACCAUCAUUGCGGAGAGGAGAGCCUCCAUUCGCGUGAUCAGUGCGAUCGAAAAGAAAACGGCCGACAAUGAAGAAGGAUCCGCUGCUUCCAUUAAGAUGUAUCGCAGGAAGGUUCAAGGUGAGAUUCGUCUUAUCACAGAUUUCUUGGAAUCGAUGCUUAAGAACCUCACUCAGCAUAAAGAUGAAGUAGAUGAUUUGAGGGCUAAAAUUGGCAAAAUUAGGGCGGAGUUCUCAGACGAAGACGAGGACACGUUGUUUCUUGGCGGAAGGUACAAGAAUGACCGAAAAGAAUUUGAGGUGCUUCACGGUUCAUGUACCAAACUGAUCGAAAAGCGAUUGAAGUCUCUUGAUGCCCUCGAUUCUGGGGGAGAAGAUCUUGAUCCUAGGCUGGUGGAAUUUUAUAAAGAGAAGAUCAAAACUGAGUUGAGCUUUGUGUGCAGAAGCACUCUAAGACUACUCCUUCUUAUAGAUGAAUCAUCAGAUACCCUUAACAUGAUUCAGAAACUCCGGGCUACUUUGUUAGAGAUUGGGAAAGCAGAGAAGGGAACUGAUGAUGAGGAGCCAGAGGAAGCGGUGGUGGAGUCUACAGAAUUCAAGGAACAUCAAUAUAACCGCCCUGGCUAUCAUAAAUUUACCAAGGCUGCUUCCAAGAAGUCGGGAGAUAAGAAAGAGGCGGAGAAGCAUCCCGGACAAAGGAAAGACUUGGAUGAUAUAGAACGGAUCAGGCUUAGGAAGGCGAGGCAAGAAAAGAAAAGGCAUCCCUGCUUGAUUGGUAUCGAAGAGUUAGAGAUCAGUGAUGAAGAGCCUGGGAGAGUUGAUAAGAAGUCAGGCACCUUGAUGUGA